UGUCCGAUUGUUCCGGGUUUGAGAGCGUAGCUCGCUCGCCGGAAUCUCCCAAGAGCACACUGACAGCGGGCUAGCUAGUUAGCUCGCUUGCUACACGUCCACCGACUGCUGACUGACCUCCGCUCCCAAGAUGGCUGGUGCUAGAGCCCUUGGCGUUCUUUCGAGAUUCACAUCGAGGAGAUACGCUCUCUUCAUAGGCAAUAAUUUCCGCACCUUCUCCAUGGCUCCUGCCCUGCUAGCCCGCACACACGUGAACUACGAAGUCAAGGGCGAUGUCGCAGUCGUACGGAUCAACGACCCGAGCUCCAAGGUUAACACCCUGUCGGUCCAAAUGCAAAGGGAGAUGACAGAAGUCAUGAAUGAAGUGUGGGCCAACAAUGCUGUGCAAAGUGCUGUCCUCAUCUCCUCAAAGCCAGGAUGCUUCAUCGCAGGAGCAGAUAUUAAUAUGAUCCAGGCCUGCAACAGUCCAGAGGAGGUCACCACACUUUCUCAGGAAGGGCAGAAGAUGUUCGAACGGAUUGAAAACUCGCCAAAGCCCGUUGUUGCUGCCAUCAAUGGCUCUUGCUUAGGUGGCGGCCUAGAGUUUGCCAUCGCCUGUCAGUACAGAGUUGCAACAAAGAGUAAGAAAACAGUUCUUGGCACUCCUGAAGUGAUGCUGGGUCUGUUACCUGGAGCAGGUGGUACUCAGAGACUCCCCAAAAUGCUUGGUCUGCCCAGUGCCUUUGACAUGAUGCUAACGGGAAGAAAUAUCCGAGCGGACAAAGCCAAGAAGAUGGGGCUCGUCGACCAACUUGUAGACCCUCUAGGACCUGGGCUGAAGAGUCCAGAGGAAAGAACUAUAGAUUACCUUGAGGAAGUUGCCAUUGAAUGUGCCAGAGGAAUCGUCAGCAAGAAAAUCCCUCUUCGCAAAGAGAAAGGCAGGAUGCAGAAAAUUCAAGACCACAUUAUGAGCUAUGGGUUUGUACGGAAUCAAAUUUACAAAACGGUCCACGGCAAAGUCAUGAAGCAGAGCAAGGGACUUUAUCCAGCACCCCUGAAAAUCAUUGAAAGUGUGAAAACUGGAGUUGAGCAAGGUCCUGAUGCUGGAUACUUGGCUGAGUCUCAGAACUUCGGUGAGUUGGCAAAAACUUCCGAAUCAGCCGCCCUGAUUGGUCUCUACCACGGUCAAGUUGCAUGCAAGAAGAACCGCUUUGGAACUCCUCAGAAAGAAGUGAAGACUCUUGCCAUCUUGGGAGCAGGUUUGAUGGGAGCAGGUAUCGCCCAGGUGACUGUGGACAAAGGUGUGCACACAGUCCUGAAGGACACCGCUGUUGCUGGCCUGGCCAGGGGGGAGCAGCAGGUUUACAAAGGGCUCAAUGACAAGACCAGGAAAAAGAACAUCACGUCAUUUCAGAGAGACUCCAUCCUGUCCAACCUGACCGGCCAGCUGGAUUACAGGGGCUUUGAAAAUGCCGACAUGGUUAUUGAAGCCGUGUUUGAAGACAUCAACAUCAAGCACGCAGUCCUGAAGGAGGUGGAGGCCGUGGUCUCCCCCAACUGCAUUUUUGCCAGCAACACGUCAGCUCUGCCCAUCAAGGAUAUCGCCGCUGCCAGCAAGAGACCAGACAAGGUGAUUGGAAUGCACUACUUCUCUCCAGUCGACAAGAUGCAGCUCCUUGAGAUUAUAAGCACUGAUCAGACGUCAAAGGACACUAUCGCCUCUGCCGUGGCAGUCGGCCUGAAACAGGGCAAAGUCAUCAUCGUUGUUGGGGACGGUCCUGGAUUCUACACCACGAGGUGUUUGGCUCCAAUGUUGGCUGAAGCUGUACGAGUACUUCAGGAAGGGGUUGACCCCAAGAAGUUGGACGGACUCACCACAAGCUUCGGCUUCCCCGUGGGCGCGGCCACACUGGCUGACGAAGUCGGUAUUGACGUAGCCGCCCACGUGGCUGAGGAUCUGGGCAAAGCCUUCGGCUCUCGCUUUGGCGGCGGAAAUGUGGAGGUUCUGAAGACCAUGGUGGAUUUGGGAUUUAAGGGCCGCAAAUCCGGAAAGGGCUGUUACGUCUACCAGCCGGGACUCAAAACCAAAGAGGUCAACCCAGAUAUCGGAGACAUCCUUGAGAAAUACAGGAUUACACCAAAUCCUGCCGUUUCGUCGGACUCUGACGUGCAGUACAGACUCGUUUCUCGAUUCGUCAACGAGGCGGUGAUGUGUUUGCAAGAGGGUAUUUUGAACGGCCCCCUGGAAGGAGACAUUGGAGCUGUGUUUGGGCUGGGAUUCCCUCCUUGCCUUGGAGGACCUUUCCGUUUCGUGGACAGCUUUGGUGCAGACAAGCUGGUGGAGAAGAUGAGAAGAUUUGAAGCCGUGUACGGAAAUCACUUCACACCGUGCCAACUCUUGCUGGAUCACGCAAACGACUCCAGCAAGAAGUUUCAUAAGUGACCGACUCACCACGUGUGCCAGUAGCUCCUGAUAAUAAAACACGCCUACAUUGAAAUCAUUGAGUUGAGGCAAACAUUCUGAAGAUGCACUCAGUGGCUUGUUUAUUAGGUACGUUCAGCUAAACCCACAUCCUAGGAGGAAUUAAGGUUAUAAAGUGCAGUGUUUGCUGAAACUGUUUUCAAAAAAGCGAUGAAUGUAUAAAUGGGGUUCACAAAAGUCACAAGUGGUCAUACAGACGAAUGAAACAGUUAAAAAAAAUGUGUUCAUUGCAGGACUGUCGACUGCAGUAGUUUCAGCUGCAUGUACCUAAUAAACUGGUAACCGUGAAUAAUAUCUGCAGAGGUUGAUGGUUUUAUAUUGUUCUUUAACAUUAAUGAUUUCCUUAAUAGAGUAUAGAUGGAGGAGCAUAUAGGAAGCCUAAUUAUUCACACGCUGCUUCUGUAAAGACACUACAGAGGCAGAAGAAUUAAAACAUUCACCAGCUGGAAAAUACAUUAUUAAUGAAUGUCUACCAGUUUGCAUCAGCAAUUAUUAUUAUUUUCGUGUACAUUAAAGAUUUUCUGGCCUGUCUGAAUGGGGAUAUAAAUUGCAAAAACUUGAAUAAACUUUUUUUUUCGUUA